CGGCUUAUUUUAUGAUUCCUUCUAUGGCAUUUUUAUGUAUGGUGGUUGUGAUAUUUAUGCGACCUGAUCUCGUGGUGGACUCCACAUGGCUACCUAGCCAGCUAGCUAACAUACUAACCCUGCAAUGUUACAUUAGCGCUCAGAGAUUAAGGUUAGCUAGCAGGUUUUUAAUUUGACUGCUUGCUCUAAAUUGGCCUGAUUAGAAAAGCCACAAGUUGAAGUUUGAUAUUUGUCGUUGUUACCUAAAUGCAUUUUAUAUAUCUGGAAUCUGACUUGGCUAGGCCUUGGGUACAAACAGCUUGCUAGUUCAGUGGAUGCAUCAUUACAGCUUUCAGGAUUGCCGGUCCGUUACUGUGACAGAUAAUGGGCAGUGUGUUGGCUGCUGCCUCACCCAGUCCAGCCCCAGCGGCUGCUGGAGGUGGUCAAGGACUUCCAGGGUUGGUGUCGGUCCCUCCAGGGUUCACUAUGCCCUCAGUGUCUUCCGUCCCUUCAACGCCUGAAUCUGGUCAGCAGACAGAUUCCUCACUCCCAAACCCAGGCACCUAUGAGGAGUGCCAUCGGAAAUGUAAAGAGGUGUUUCCUCUUCAGAUGGAAGGAGUGCGAUUGCUGGUCAACAAGGGUCUGAGUAAUCACUUCCAAGUCAGUCACACUGUUACCCUCAGCACGCUAGGUGAUUCCGGUUAUCGGUUUGGUUCUACGUAUGUUGGCAGUAAACAGACUGGACCAGCAGAGUCGUUUCCAGUCAUGGUGGGAGACAUGGACAACACUGGCAGUUUGAAUGCUCAGAUCAUUCACCAGCUUACUAGUGCUGUACGCGCCAAAGUAGCCAUCCAGACUCAGCAGCAGAAGUUCGUGAAUUGGCAGUGUGAUCUGGAAUAUCGUGGUCAAGACUUCACCUCCGCCGUGACCCUCGGAAACCCAGAUGUUCUUGUUGGAUCUGGGAUUGUGGUCGCUCACUAUCUCCAGUCAAUCACACCAUCACUGGUUUUGGGCGGAGAACUGGUGUAUCACAGAAGACCCGGAGAGGAAGGAACAGUCACCUCCCUUUUGGGAAGGUACACAGGUGACAACUUUGUUGCUACUUUAACUUUGGGCGGAGCUGGAGCUCAUGCUACGUACUACCACAAAGCGAAUGAUCAGUUGCAGGUAGGUGUUGAAUUUGAAGCCAGCACUAGGAUGCAAGACACUACAACAUCCUUCGGUUACCAGCUGGACCUUCCGAAAGCUAAUUUGCUCUUCAAGGGAACGGUCGACAGUAACUGGGUGGUUGGAGCUACCCUCGAAAAGAAACUACUUCCACUCCCUCUCACGCUGGCUCUGGGGGCUUUCCUCAACCAUCGCAAAAACAAGUUUCAGUGUGGCUUCGGGGUCACCAUUGGCUAGAGGUGCUCAGGCUGCCUGGAACCAGCUUUCAGACCACGGCUUGGACUGGCACAGAGACACAAAGGAACCUGGACUAAGUUUUAGGAAUUGGAUUCAGAGACUCUCUUCCAACUGAUUUCCAGGGUCAACAGAGAGACUAAGACAACUACCAAGGAGCCAGAACUGGCCGAGCCAUGCCUACAUACUGUAGCACAAAUGUCUUUCCUGUAUGAUGUUUUGGAUGUACCGAGAGGUGGUGUCUAUCAGAUGGCUUCAGGUGAUGCAUGAGAACAUGUUAUGUGAAAAUUAAAGUGGUACAGUAAGACAUAAUAUAUUGUGGUCAUGUAUGGGUUGAAAUAAAUGUGAUAACGUUUUGUACAACA